GAAAAGGGGAGGGAGGGGAGGAGGAGGGGCGCCCGCGUGCGUCCAGGCUCAGGCCCCGACUCACCCUGCCUACCCCGGCCCAGGCCCCGCGCUCAGUUCGCGGCCAUGGUGGAGGCCUGGUACAUGGACGAGGCGGCCGACGACCCGCGGCUGCCGCACCGCGCCGAGCCCGCGCGCCCUGUCGGCCUGGAGCAGCUGCGCCGGCUCGGGGUCCUUUACUGGAAGCUGGAUGCAGACAAAUACGAGAACGAUCCAGAAUUAGAGAAGAUCCGAAAAGAGAGAAACUACUCCUGGAUGGACAUCAUAACCAUAUGCAAAGACAAACUACCGAACUACGAGGAGAAGAUCAAGAUGUUCUUUGAGGAGCACUUACACCUGGACGAGGAGAUCCGCUACAUCCUGGACGGCAGCGGGUACUUUGACGUGCGGGACCGGGAGGACCAGUGGAUCCGGAUCUCCAUGGAGAAGGGGGACAUGAUCACCCUGCCCGCCGGCAUCUAUCACCGCUUCACGCUGGACGAGAAGAACUAUGUGAAGGCCAUGCGGCUGUUCGUGGGAGACCCUGUGUGGACGCCGUACAACCGGCCGUCGGACCACCUCGAGGCCCGGACGCGGUACCUGGAGUUCCUGGCACGGACGGCUUAGCGGCCCCUCGGGCCCCUCAUGAGGCAGCGUGGAGUCUGUCCCUUCCCCCUGCUUCAACGCUGCAGGCUCGAGGCUGGGGAGCCUCCUCUGCAAGCUUGUCAGAUCAGAACACUAUUUUUUUGAUCAGAACAUGUUUAAUGGACGGAGCUAUGGAGCUGGUUGGAUGUGCAACCAGCUGGAAAUUUGGGCAGGUGAUUCACUUCUCUGAUUCGGGGUCAGGGGUCAGUGGCCCCACACUAGCUCGAGCCUUCAGCUCUGACCAGUGAGUUUCAUCUCCCCAAAUACAGCCACUUGCUGCCUGAUUCUCGGGCUUUUAAACAGGUGCCAGGCGAGGCCAUACCUGCCCUGUGCAGGCAUGUGACAGUGGGUGCCAGGACGGGUGGACAGGUCACCCACUUUUCUCCCAAGACACAGGGGUGCUGGGGGGAAGCUGGCAUGUUGGGGGACACGCACUCGCUUACGCCACUUUCUUGCUCAGAAUAAAGGAGCUGCCUUGAUGCUCUGCUGGCGGCUUGGAGCUGCCUUAUAUUCUGGUGCUUGUGGUUCCUUCAAGUCGCCCCGUUCGCCUCCAUCCCCUGAUGCGUGUGCGUGUGCGUGUGCGCAGCUGUGUCUGUGUUUCCUGGGUCAGCGCUGCUCCGCGUGCGGUUUCUAGGGUAAACUUGAACAGUAAAUGUCUUCUACAAUCAAGCCUUUGCAUUUUAACAAGAAUUGGUACAUCGUUUGUAUUUUUGAUCAACAGUUUUGAGAUACAAUUAUCUCAUUUGUUAUAAUCAUAGAAAACCCCUGAAUUAGCCUGAGAUUUGAAGGGCAGUUUGCUUUGGGUAUUCUUUUAGGCUGGAUUAAAAAUCUUUCUGUGGAAA